AACUUCAUUUCUUCUUUUAAUUGAAAAAAUUGUAUGUUUACAUAUUAAGUUAAAUUUAAAUUUUUAUUUUUCGCAACUUUACGCAAACUAAAUGGUCAUUGGUGUUUUGCAUGCAAAUAUUUCCUGUAGGGAAUGCUCUCUUUCGCUUAAUCAACAGAUCCCGGCAACAUUACUUAUUUGCUGCGCAACAUUAACACCUCACUAAACCGCCACCAACGCUUCUCCAGUAAUCGGCAACGUUGAAAAAUAUUUACUCGCACUCUUCCAACUAGAAUUCAUUUCCUCGGCUAUUCAUCAUCUUUUCGAGAGAUCGGCAACAUUCGUGUUUCGUGCCAUUGUGUUUUUCAACUUCAUAUAUUUUUGUUUGUAGUGAUGUGUUGCUCUUGUUUGUUUUGUUUUCGGCCGUUGCCAUGUUGCCGACUUCGGAGUAGUAGCGCGCGCCAUUGGCAACAUGGGAAAUAGAUUUAUUGGAAUGUAUAUGAGCUGAGCUCAUUGUAGAUUCAUUGUUAGCAUGAUGGUUUAGUUGUUGUUGUGCAAACACAUAAAAUAGACGUACGUUUAGCAGAGUGGUUGGCAGGCAGAAAGUAGUAAACAGCCAUCGGCAAGACAGCAGGAAUAAGCGUCGAAGCAGCUUAACUGUUAAACAGUGAAUGGCAGCCCGUAGUAGCCCGCGUGUGUUUUCAGUAUUUUGUUAUGUUUUUGCGUUGUUUGCCGGGAGUUCUAUUCUUGCGUUCGCUGCUGCCGCGUAAAAUAUGCGCUCGUUUUUUCGUUUGACAACGUACUAAUUUUUGCGAAUAUACGAAAACUCAAUACGAUUUAUAAUUAUUCAAAUGAUAAUUGGAUUUUGAGAUUAUUAAAAUAUUGAAGCUUAAAAUACAAUAACUUUUUUUAAAUUAGUAAAAAUGUUUUUGGCGUGAAUUUAGGUGCGUAAAUGUUUUCUUAGUGAAAUAAGAAAGCUUGUAAUUUAAUAAAUCAAGGAUAUAAGGGCAAAAAUGACGUGGAAAAUUCGUAGAAAAUUUCAUUUGGCGUGACAUUUGUAUCGACGAGCUGCUUACAGUGAGAUGUGGAUCAUUUUAUCCUGCUUUAUGCUACAAACCGAACCUUUCACUUAUUAAUUUACUUGCAUAUUUAGUGUAUGCAAAGGUGUAUGCUGUUUUUUGAGUGUGGAAAACAAUGAAAAAUCAACAACAAAAAACAUCGGAAUGUUCGUAAUGAUAAUUUAAUUUAAAAAAAUCAUAAAUGUGAAAUGUAAAUAUAAAUAAGAGUAUAUGUAUAUGUUACGUUAUCAAGUGGCAAUUAAGAAAUAAAAAAUAAGUAAACCUCUGGCAAAUGGUUUCUAAAGGCACCAUAAGAGCAAAAAUCCACAUAAACAAAAACAUUAAGUUCAAAAAUACCAUUACCAUCUACAUUUUAUAGUAUAAAAAUGCCAGAAGCUGAUUAAAGGUUUUCGUGUGGUGUUACUGGGCGCUGCUCUAUCCGUGAAUCUUAUCAAUUGAAUAGCAUUGAACUUUUCAUCUUCGUUGUCGUUCCGUCAAUUUCCAAAAUAAUAAAGAGCAUACAUGUCGCAGUCCCGAUUUGACUGCGGCCAAAAGUAAUUAAACGCAAUAAACAAUAUCAGCGAAGCGUAAUCAGUACCUUUCCAAGGCAAGCGAUUCGGAAAGCACCGCGUGUUCAAAAAUAUAUAAGCGCGUGUCAAGUAAAUUUAUUUCAGUUGUGACAGCGAGAAUUAUCGUUGCUCUUGUAUAAUUCGAAAAAAGCUAAUCAAAAAUGUGUGUAACCAAGUCCACCACAAAUCUACAGGUUUGCUAAUAACUAAAGUAAAAGCAUUUGUAAAUGAGAAACAGAUAGCUAUAAAGCAAUCAUCUUCGUUUAUGGGUAAAAAAAGAAAACUCAUGCGUCAUCCACAUAAAAAUUUCGAAUAUUUAUGUUUGCCUCAUAGCCUUGUGCUUGUGUUCCCCUGGUACUCCAUAUUUCUGCACAUAGAAAUUGCUAUCGCCCCACUUUUAGUUUUCGUGGAAAUUAUUAUUUUCUUCUACUAUUUUCUCAACUCACUCAAUAUAUUUAAAAGAACUACAUUUUUGAGAAGGAAAUCGUACAAUGCGAGUUUUAAAGUCCACUUAACUUAAUCCAAAGAAUACCACUAAUAUUAACCGUAAUUGUCGUACAAUUGUGCUUGUAAAUAGUAAUUUAAAGAAAUUGUGAUAUUGAUAUAAGUGUAAAAACUGCGAAUAACUUUAUAUACGAAGUUUGUUAGCGUUAAGUUCGAAUCAACGUGUAUGAUAUAUAUUCUAAAAUUACAAUCAUAAUCAUUCGAAUAAGAAGAAUAAUAAUAAAGUUGGGAGAAUUUUACUGCAUAACGUUUCCGAAUUACGUGUAACUAAGAGUUUCACUCCAAAACGAAUCAAAAUUGUACGAGUAGAAAUUAAGGCGACUUUAUCAUAAAUUCUACAACUUAUUUUUGGAGCUUAAUUUACUAAACAUUGUUGGGUGACAUUAGGAUACAGCUCUACAAUUAGAAUAGUUAAGGCGAUAUUCAACUUGAAAAGCAGAAACGCAAAUCAUUUUUAUACCUCAAACACUUUAAGCUAAGAACGAAUUGUAUACUGUAUUUAUAUAGGUGUUCAGAUUUAAGUUAAAAUCUACAUUAGUGUAUAUAUACAAGUAUCCGUAUAAGUUGUAUAGCUGAAAACCAAGUAGCUUCAAGCACCUGUACAGCAACACGAAUCUCCUAAAAACACCCGCACCUUCCAGCAACCGGAUCCUCAUAGCUUCAUCAACAACAGUAAACGACGCCCCAAAGGAACUUCACAUUCUGCAAUCCGCUACCCUCAGUCACGAUUAACUCCGCCACCACGUUUACCACAGACACAAUAGAGUCCUUCAAUAUGACGAUGAGUACAAAUAAUUGCGAAAGUAUGGCGUCAUACUUUUCCAACUCCUAUAUGGGACCCGAAAUGCACCAUGGCCACUAUCCUGGAAAUGGUGUCACCGAUCUCGAUGCGCAACAAAUGCAUCACUAUAGUCAGCAUCCAAAUAAUCAGGGCAAUAUGCCCUAUCCACGCUUCCCGCCCUACGAUCGUAUGCCCUAUUAUAACGGUCAGAGUAUGGAGCACCAAGGCUACUCUCGUCCCGACAGUCCUUCCAGUCAAGUGGGUUUGUCACAGCAGCCGCAAGUAAAUGGUAGCCCACUGCUUCAGCAACAGCCACAACCCCAGCAACAAGUUACGCAACAACAGGCGCAACAAGUUACGCAGCAAGCACAGGCGACACCUCAGCAUCAGCAGCAUCCGCAAGUGACGCAACAGGUGACACAUCCAGCCCAACAACAACAGCAACCCGUAGUAUAUGCCAGUUGUAAGCUGCAAGCAGCCGUGGGCGGAUUAGGCAUGGUGCACGAAGGCGGCUCACCGCCCCUAGUCGAUCAAAUGGGCGCCCAUCACAUGAAUGCACAGAUGAGUUUGCCACACCACAUUGGACACCCACAAGCACAGUUGGGUUACAACGAUGUCGGAGUUCCAGAUGUUAAUGAGGUUCAUCAAAACCACCAUCAGAUGAGUAUGUAUGGCCAACAACAGACUGGCAUUCCACCCGUUGGCGGACCACCACAAAACAUGAUGCAUCAAGCUCAGGGACCACCACAAAUGCAUCAGGGCCAUCCUGGACAACAUACACCACCAUCACAAAAUCCAAAUUCGCAGUCAUCAGGGAUGCCAUCGCCAUUGUAUCCCUGGAUGCGCAGUCAAUUUGAACGGAAACGUGGUCGCCAAACUUAUACCCGUUACCAAACGUUAGAGCUGGAGAAAGAAUUUCAUUUUAAUCGUUACCUGACAAGGCGACGACGAAUCGAGAUCGCUCAUGCGUUGUGUCUCACAGAGCGACAAAUAAAGAUCUGGUUCCAGAACCGACGAAUGAAAUGGAAAAAGGAGAAUAAAACAAAAGGGGAACCAGGAUCCGGAGGAGAAGGUGAUGAGAUCACACCACCCAACAGUCCGCAAUAAGACGCUGUUAACAAUGGAAACAAGAGUCGCGCUUAAUCCGUUACCACUGUGAGAUAUGGCAACACGCACAAAUUACUUAGCGUACUUUGUCUGUCCUUUAUAUUGCUAAGGGAUAAAUGUAUAUUCAAAAAGAACAAUUCAUGUACACUUAGUGUUAGUAAUUUGAAUAAAGCACCUUGUCCGGAGCUAACGAGAGAAAUCUAAUAGAAUCUAAUAUUAUUCGCUCGAUAUGUCGGACAAUUGUAUUACUAACUACUACAACUUCGUAGUCAAAUGUUAAAAAAAAAAUUCAUUUUCACACACAAUUCACCCAAUAGUGAAACAUGUGGAAUCGGUUAUCAAAAAUUUAAUAUAAAUUGGAAUUAAAAUAGAAAAGCAUAUAAUAUAAAUAAUGCUAUAUAUUAUUUAUGCAAAGCCGUAAACCUACUUAGUUAAUUCUUAAAGGACAUUUGUUAUUAUUUACUUAACCCUGUAUUAUGAUCAUUUGCAAUGUAUACAUUAACAUAGCAUAGUUCGUAGCCGACAUGCAAAAAGAGCGUAAGGUGUUAUUAGGUGGAGCAAUAAUUGCAUAAAUUAAUUAGCUAAAUGGGUAAAAUAUUUAGCAAUGAAGUAAUGUAUCUAAAUAAAUAAACUCAACAAAACCAACUCAUGUGACCUCAACUUUAAAUAAGUUAUUGAUUAAAAAUAAAGUAUAUACAAUUAAAAGUAAUAAUAAAACAAAUUAAUAAAAUGUAAAUGUAACCAGUAAACUAAAAAAAUGGGGAAAGCUAAUAAAAAUUUCAAAAUAUAAGAGAAAUAAAAACUAAACUUAACAUAUGGAAUACUCUUAUGUAAAGCAUAAAAAAGUACUUUUUAGACAUUUUCAGCUGUAAUUAGAAUAAAAUAUUAACUCAUACAUGUAUACGUAAAUUAGAGGGUCUGAAAAAAUACAAGAAUUGGGGAAGGAAAUACAAAGUUGCAUUUUAGAUCUCCUCAAAGAGGUUCAAUUUGUUACAUAGUAUCAAUCAACGACAGACAAACCAGAAUUCCAUAUUUCUUUCUAAUUUGAAAACUCAUAUAAAAAAUUAUCUUUUGAAAUGAUGUUAUUUAAUAAAAGUGCAAUAUUCUGUCAAUUUGAAAUGUGUUUGAGCAGUCGUAUUAAUUUUUUAUUAUCACUACCAGUUUUAACCGGAGCUAUUUCAAUACUUUUAACACACCGUAACUUGUGGAGAUCCGAUUUUUUAUCAACAUUUUUUCUGAUUUAUUUGACUCCCUGAAGAAUAUAUUUUAUUUUAUGGAUUUGAUAUUAAUUCCAGGUAAAAAGGAGGCUUUCAAAUCUCUUAGAAUAAUGCUAAAAUAGCACUUAUACUUUUCAUAACAGUUAUACUUCUUAAACGAACCAAGUUUUCUCCAUUUAUAUCAGUUGCAUUUUUGAGCUAUUCAGCUAAGAAAGACGCAUGUUUGGCAAUAUUUUCAGCAUAUAUUCACCUUCCACACAAGCGAAUGCUCGAUAGUCUAUAUUAAAUACUUAUUAGUUCCCUACUUUUGGAAUGCGAUUUCUUAAAGAAGAAUAUUUGGGCUUUCUAUAGCUUCAAGAAUAAUGUGAAUAAGUGUGUAUAAAGUAUUGCCCGUAAUGCCAACUCCUCCUGGCUAACUCCUUUGACCAUACUUCAACGGAAUAACUGGUUUGUAACUUGACAUUCACCCCAAAUGAAAUGUGUAUCUGCAUAUACAAAUUUGUGUAAUUAAUAGCAUAUAGUACAUAUGCAUAUUUCAAUAUAUAUGAAUGUAUAAGAUAAUAAGAAUCGAUACCAAAUUAAUGUUGAAAGGAACUUUAUUAACAAAUAUCUUAACAAUUUCGAGGGUUUUUGUUUAUUAUUUAUCCAACAAAAUAAAUAAAUCAAUAAAAGAAGUUUUAUAACUGACUUUAAAAGAAUUAAUAAAUUGGCAGCAAAUAGUGAUUUUAAUGAUUUGUGAAGUUUUCAAUUUGAUACAAGUUCGUAAGUUCGGCUUAAACCACUUCACCUAUAUCAGACUAAAACUAAAAAAUAAAAAAGGUUAAUAAAGAAACUCAGAACUUUCAAUGUUUCUAUUAUUGGAAAUAUUUUUAGCUUGACUUAAGAGAGGAUAUUAUGUAUACCGAAAUCGAUGAAAAAAUUUCACAUUCACUGAAUUACCUAAAGCAUUGAUACUUUGGAUUUAUCGAAAAAGUCACUAAGAAUGGUGUUGAGAAUAUAAAAGUACUUAUAUUUGCGUACUUUUAAAACAAACAAAAAAAUAUUUGUAAAUUAAAUGAAACGAAAAAUAAACCCACGAUGGUUAAAAAUAAAA